UAAUGAAAGAUAUCAGUCAGAAGUUGAGAGUAAGAACAACAACCUGACCAUGACAAGAUCCAUUUUCCAAAACUUCAGUUUUGAAACAAAACAAGUUUAUAAAGUACAGCAAUUUGAUAAUAUUUCUGAGAAGAAACUUGAAACAAAUAAUGAUAGUGCAAGCAGUGAAUCUUCGUUAAAUCUUGAUUACAAUCAAAUUAGAUCAAGAAGGAAUUUUGUUAGUUUGGAUGAGAGCGAGAAAUUUGAAAAGGAACGCGAGAGUGGAUUGACUACGACAAAUGAUUCAAGCUAUCGUUGCGUUAAGCCACAAGCCACGAGAUCGACAAAACUCUCCGAGGCGCGGAGACUUUCCUCAUUAGAGGAGACGUCAUUGCUGCGCUCCUUCGAGAAAUGUACCUCACUUUUCGGCCUGAUUGACGCGCGUGAAAGCCUCGGUCUUGAAACCUCGUCGCCGUAUACUGGUGGUUAUCCGCUGCUUGAGUUUGCUGAACUAUUGGCUAGUACACGGAUACUUCUUGACUGCUUUCACAGUUACACAUUCUCAGAUGUUCAAUACUUCGCGCCUACUGAUUCAGUUUUACUACUAUUUUACAAUGAGGCACCAGGCCGAGUAGCCGAGAGACGCGUCACGUGUGCUUUAAGAACGCCCCUUUGCCUGCGUGACUUUUGUGAGUACGUCAUCGACGAGGAACGCGAAUGGCUGCAACGGUACAUAGCCAGUAGAGUAUCAACAAGUCACAUAAGGAUGACGGAUAACAAAUUGGAAGAAAUUAACUUUAAAGAUGAAGAUUUUUUGUUGCCUGGUUCAUUGAAGACUACUGAGUUUUUAAAACUCAAAGGUGAAGAGACUUGUAAAGUUGAUGAGGAGAAAACACCUGUCAAGAAUGCAACGUCAACCAAAGUCACGAUGAGUUCAAGUACUUCGUUGAAAAGCAAUGGAUUGAAAGUUGAGCCGACGUUUGAAUUUAUUGGUUAUGAUCUCGGUAUGGCUCGCGUUCAAGUUACCAAUCUCACAAGAUCGUACGAGGCGGGCGACGGCGUGCGGCUGCGCUUGACGCGUGACAUUUGGCUGCAUGACGAUACCAAAGAGACGAUGACGACGAGCCUUGAGAUCGAGGUGCCCGAUUGCUGCAGUCUCCGCUAUCAUGAAGUAUCGCACGAUGAGAAUCUCUUUCACUUGACGACCAAAAAUCAGCUUAUCAUUGCAUUCGCCAGGAAGUCUCGCUUCUUUAGUAAGCCUGUAAACGAACUCAUGUAUGAAGUACAAAUAUCUUGCCCAUCUGGAUUGAUAAUAAAGCCAGAGGAAUACCCAGAUACGGAUUACCCAUUUUAUGUCUUGCAAUAUUACUUAUUCAAAGAUUUUGAAUGCGAGAGCAUUAAAAAUGAGAGUCAUCGAAAGUACUUGCAUAACGGUGAUGUCGUAAAAUUUUUUAGCGACGGUUCGGUCGUUGUUCUUCGACCGAACGGAAUAGUGAUUACACUCGAACGUUCAGAGGAAGAAGGCUAUGAAAAACCGAUAUCUGAUUGCGAGAAGAGUUGUAAACGCGAUGAUAGCACCAUUGGACUUUCACGAGAAACUUCGAUUUUACUUGAAAAGUACUCCUCAGAGUGGCAAAAAACGACAGAGUUACGUUAUGUAGUGCUUGAAUUGGAUGGGCGACACUACGAAGUAGUAGACGGUCGAAUAGUCCGCGAGCUCGAUCGAUUGCGCGCCAACCUCGCAGAGGAGUAUUACGUAGAAGAGAAGUUCGCACGACGGGCAGACGGCACCGAUGCCCUGUUUACGUCUGAUGCAGAACUCAUUAUUUCCUUUCCCGAUGGCACACGAACGUUAAGCAGUUGCAUGAUCAAUGAUGAUGAAAUAGAGGGGAACGAGGAUGGUUUCGUCUUAGUGUCGAUGUAUAACCGCGCUGAACAUCCAAAAUACGCAAGUGUCGCAGGCCACCGGUUGUCGGUGCAUCAGCUUGAGUUUCAACUCGACGAGUUUGAUCUGCAGUAUGGUAACGAUAUUCGAAUAGAAGCGGCAAACGAAAGGGUGUCAAUCAGUCACCAAUGCGAGUGCAGUCCAGCAUCCCAGGUGAGCUUCGAUUUAGCCACGAGGGACAAGCGUCUGGUGACAUUGCGCGACAAAGCGAGUCGGCUAUUGCUGACUGUGUGGCGUGAAGACGCACGUUUCGAGUUAACCCCGGAGAUUUGCCAGCAGAAGCAGCAGCAGCAUAAGAAAACGACGGACGAAAAGCUACCUAAUUGCAGAAUGUUCGCGGUGAGUAAUCGUCGUGAGCCUCUCACUUACGAGUAUCUUCAUCGAUCACUUUGGCAGCGACACUUUCUACAAGAGAUGUUUGACGACGACCAAGCUAGUUUGAUUAGUUGCCGUGACGCUGAUCAUGGUAUUCGCAGCUUUCUUGGUCUUCUACCGUUAAAGGAAUGGAUGAUGGAGUAUACGGUACGUGUUAUGAAUAAGUCAUUAAAUUUUCGAUUAAAACGACUGGACUUCGCUCCGGAACAAUACAACCAUAAUUCUACACGAAUCAAGUUUACAGGAAAAAAAGGAAUUCUGAUUAAAUAUUCAAGUUGUAUCGAUACAAAGCAAGUGAAAGAGUCGACAUGUCGCGCAUGCAAGAAACUCGAAAGUCCAAUUCGAAAAGCGAAGCCGUCAGUCGUCGGCGGGGAGGAAGAUGAGUUGGCGUUCAAAGCAACCACUACGACGACGAGACAGCGCUUUUUGAGAGCUAGACUAGUCGAGAGCAUCGACGGCAGUAACGCCAACGACGAAAACUUACUGAUCAGCAUGCAAAGGGCUCUACUACGUUACUGGCGUGAGGUUGCGACGGAUCGUGGAAAGGCAUCUGAGACAGCAGUGGCAAUAACGUGCGAGUGUCAAAGCGAAAUCGAGAGCUGGAUGAGGGACAUUGCGCUGGGACGAGUUGGUACGAUCGAUUCUGAGAGUUACGAGGCCGGACGCCAGGUCAGUAGUGAGCUCGGAGUUUACUCAUUUUUUCCUUUAGGGUCUUUAAGUUUUCAUCAAUUUGGACAUUUUUUCGUUUCAUUAGUCACUUAAAUUAAUUGAAAUUAAAAAGGUUUACAAAUAAUAAACAUU